AUGAACAGACAAGUAAUUCGAGUUGGCGUUUCGCCGUGGGCAAACCUGAUGCCUCAUUGCAUUCGAGAGUCUCUGGAAACCGACUGUUUUCCUGGCUUCGAACUUGAAGUGUUCAGAACUUUUUCCAUGAUGCUGAACUUGUCGCUGCGCUUCGUAUACAGCUCCGUGCCGGGCUGCGGAUACUCGGAAAACGACUCGCUGAUAGCCAUGCUGCGACGCCGAGAAAUUGACAUCACUGGCAACCUAUGCAACCUACAGUCUUUAAGGGUGCAAUAUUUUCAACCGAGUCAACCGGUGUUAUCGGUGCCGCUAGGGUUCCUUGUGAACCUGCCUGAAGAUCUACAUUACGAAUUCAAGCCGCUCUCUCCUUUCCAAAUGUCUACCUGGUACUUCAUCAUCCUGAUCUUUGCAAGUCUUUUUCUGGCUGUUAUGCUCGAAAAAAUGAUUCUUGACAAAACGAGGUUUUUCGAUGCCAUGCAGCAGACGGCGUUCGACUUUUUAUCAUACAUGUUACAAUAUCGAGUGAGGCCGAACAUCCUCAAAUGGGUGUUGAUCAUUUUCAUAUUCGCGUUUUUGAAGUCUCUAUAUUCAACGUACAUUCGAGAGGCGCUGAUGGCUCCAUAUUACGUCCAGCAGCCGUUUGAAGAUCAGGAGACGUUUCUGAACCAGCUCGUCAAGAAACAAUAUCGCAUUAUAGACUACAAGCAAAAGGGCGAGGUCAGAGUUCAUGGUCUGACUCCGAGUAAUGAAAAGCGACUGCAACAGAUUAUAAACGACGUCGGUUAUUUGUACGUUGAAAAUACGAGUAACUUAUUAAGCGUCUUGUCCAAGAACAGAAAUGGGAUACUGGCAAAAAAUUCCAAUCAGCUACUGCAAUACUUGUCAAGCUACAACGAGUCGUACCGGUUUUGGAAACUUCCGAUCCGUUUCGCUUGCAACAACAUGUGCUACUUCUGGAACAGAGACUUUUCGCUGGCGGACAAGAUAAACCAGGCUAUAAUAGAACUGAACGACUUCAUCCUAAAUGAGGAAACGAGCCAUUUAAACGAAAAUGUUAAAUUCGUUGAGAGCGGCAGAAUAGUGCGUCCUCCGGUGAGCAUUGAAAGGCACAAAACGCUGAAGAAUUACGAAUUUCUUUUCAUGUUUUACGGUAUCAUACUGGCCAUUGCUCUGUCUGUUUGGUUGCUGGAGCGUCUUAUCCCACGAUUUGGUGCCUACCGGCUCAAAAUAAUGGCGCCACCGUCACCCGUUACCCACGUGAUUUGCGUUAGCGGUAAUGAGCUAACAUACAACGAUCGGGAUCAAACCGUCGACCUGACAAAAGUUGACUCUGUCUGA